UUCUUUUAAAGCACGAUCUGUUUGAUUGCAUCGGAAGCCCAAACUUAAUUUCAUAUCGCCGGGUGUAUGCGGGAAUCACCGACACGUAGCUUGCUUAGAAUGUAAAAAGCUAUAUUCACGUGUGUUUAAGCUAAGCCAAUUUCAUUUGGUAUUAUUUUAGCUAAACCUUAGACCUAGACAAACUAUGCACAAUGGGCGAUGGCAAGUUGGUGGUGUGAGUGGAAACAGGAGCAUUGUUCAAGUGGCUGAUCGAAGAACAACACCUCACAGCAUUCGUGGAAAGAAAUGGAUCUCGGUGCUUGAACAGAGGGCUCAGAUUCUAAGUAAACACUGAGAGCCUGACCGCGGGGGCUCAGCACGUGCUCAUUGCCGUGAGUCUGGUAUGGCUGUUCGGGGAGGAUGUGGGUUCAGGUCGGAGAUGGCCCCUCUGCAGUAGCUGUGUGUUGUGGACAGCUGGUCCUGGCAGUCCCGUAUGGCGUGCCCAGUCCAGUUCCUGUGCAGGGGGCUGCGCACUGUUGGAUUAGUUCUUCUCUACUAUGUCUUCUCUAUAGGCAUCACAUUCUAUAACAAAUGGCUAAUGAAGGGCUUCCAUUACCCCCUCUUCAUGACUUUAGUUCACCUCACCAUCAUCUUCUGUCUGUCAGCUCUGACACGACAGGCUGUGCAGUGGUGGACAGGGAAACCUCGCGUUACUCUGAGGUGGAAAGAGUACCUCAGAAAAGUAGCACCCACGGCCAUCGCAACAGCGCUGGAUAUUGGACUUUCCAAUUGGAGCUUCCUCUUCAUCACCAUUAGCCUGUAUACCAUGACCAAGUCCUCAGCAGUGCUUUUUAUCCUGUUUUUCUCUCUGGUCUUUAAACUGGAGGAGCCGAACCCGUUUCUGAUCCUGGUGGUCCUGUUGAUCUCCUGCGGUCUCUUUAUGUUUACCUUUGAGUCGACCCAGUUUAAUCUGGAAGGCUUUAUUCUGGUGCUCCUAGCAUCCUUCAUAGGGGGGAUUCGAUGGACCCUCACUCAGGUCCUCAUGCAGAAAGCAGAGCUGGGCCUUCAAAACCCAAUAGAUGCCAUGUACCACCUCCAACCUCUCAUGUUCCUUGGGCUCUUUCCUCUCUUCCUGUUUAAUGAAGGGCUGAGCCUCAGCACCUCAGAGAAGUUAUUCCGGGUGACGGAGCUCUCGCCUCUCCUGUAUUCCCUCUUCACAUUAAGCAUUGGCGGCUUGCUGGCCUUUGGUUUGGGCUUCUCUGAGUUCCUGCUGGUCUCCCGAACCUCCAGCCUCACCUUAUCCAUAUCAGGGAUCUUUAAGGAAGUAUGCACUCUGCUUUUAGCCGCUUUUCUGAUGGGAGACAAAAUGAGUAUGCUCAACUGGCUGGGAUUCGCUGUGUGUCUGUGUGGUAUUUCAUUACACGUGGGACUCAAGACAUAUUAUACUAAAAAUAAGGGUCCUUCUUUAAGGCAGCUCAAGAGUAAGAGCCCAGAACUUGAGCUGCCGUUACUGCAGCGAAAUGGGAAUGAAAGUAAGGACUCGGCUACUGAUGAAUGUGAUGAUGAAGAAGAGAUCACUCUACACUGACAGGACUUGGACACAGUCUCCAUGCUGCACAUUCCUUCCCUACUCUUUUGUUAGAUGGUUUGAACAGUGAUGUCAGAGAAGUGUUUCCAGGUGUGGGACUCUUGUUUUUUUGGGGGGGUUUUUGUUUUUUUUGUCCCCACCACAAGUCACAGUCUGGCUCAGGGCCUCCUUAUGGACUCUAUAUUUACAUAGUACUUUAAACGUGGCACAGCUGAUAACAUUUUACCUUCAAAAUGUAGCAGAUGCAUGCAUGCAUUAACAAAGAAUAUGUGGAGAGCAAAGGAGUAAACUCCAGCUUUAACAGGAUACUUUGGCACCUCGAGUCUGGUGGAUCAGUUCUCUGUCAGCUCUGCAGUAUUAACAUAUCGUUUCAUAUAUUUGACAAAUUAUUAUGGAUAACUUAUUUCAUGGACAAAUGCUGACGAGGCAGAGUUUGCACUCUGCCUCGUUACUUUUUAGUAACAGUUAACUGCCAUCAAAUUUUUUUUUCCCCCAAUCCCAAACUCAGAGAUAAUCAGAUUCAUUUUGCAUUGACUGAAUCAGCUGUUUAAUGGAUGACGGCCUCUGUAUGUCAGAAAUUUCAAUAAUCAUAAAGUACUAAACAUUACAAAGACACAAGUCAGCUUUUACAGAGCUCAGAUUGAUGUCAGGACUUUUGCCUAAAAUUCUAACUUUGCUAAUGGAGUUAAAAUAUUCAUUGAUUGCAUAUUUUAAUUUGUAGAGUUGAAGAGUGUUUAUUGAAUUGGACAAUAAUUGUCUACAGCCUUUUUGAGUCAUAAUUUGAGAUGUCAUGAAUAGUGAAACUGAUCUUUAAUGUGCCUUAUAAGCAGAUGGAAGGAACAAUUUUAAUAACUGAUGCUGACUUCGUUAGAGUUUAAAGCCAUUUCUAAAUGUUUGUUUUUUUUGUCAU